UUUUAUUCAUGUAUAGCUUCAUAAUUAUUUAUUUUUACUAGUCCAGUUUAUAUCAUCUGACUAUUUCAAGGAAAGCUAAGUUCUACCAUCUAAAAGAUUUCUCUGUAACAUUCUGUUUUCCUGCCCUUAAGUGCCUCUCGCAAAUACACGUGUGUACAUCUGUGCACGUGUAUAGUGUGGGGUAAGUAUCUGGGUGGAAUUUCUCAUAUGAAAUUUUAAUAGGAACUUCUGUGUGCACAGUACAGUUUAUAUACUGUGAAUGAAGAAGAUAACAUACAGGUAUAGAUACCUCCAUAUCAGACAAUUUUGUAAGAAAUAAUUGGUUAGUUUAAAAUGCUAAAUGAUUCCCUGAGGAUUUAUGAGCUAAGAAUGCUCAAGGGUUUAGUGUCCUGACAUCUCUUUAAUUAGCGGUCUCCAAGAUCUCACACUAAGAAGAUGCUAAGCCAGUGCCUUCUGUCAUAUCUCAAGAGUAUCAGAAGGCUUGGAAGCCACAGAGGAAGAUGAAUGUAUUAUGUCUGUGAGCUAUACAAUAUGUACAAAGUACAUUUUUCUUACUAGUAACAGGUUAGAACUUCUUGCAACCAUUCCUGCUUUGAUGGUGAUGCAUUUCUAAAAGAAAUCCUAAGAAAAAUCCAGCAAAAAUGGGUGAGGUAAAUAAAGAUGCCGUUGAAAAAUACUUGGAGAACAAUCCCCAGUUUGCCAAGGAGUAUUUCGACCGAAAAAUGAGACCAGAAGUGGUGGGAAGUAUCUUUAACGAGUGUAACAUAAUUUUUGAGUUGGUAACAGAAAUUCAGGACGAGGCAUGUGUUAUGGAAAAGAUAGUGCACAAGACCCUGCAGAGGCUGGCACAGCUGCUGGCAGCUGAUCGGUGUAGUCUGUUCCUUUGUCGUUCCCGGAAUGGUAUUCCAGAGGUAGCCUCCAAGAUUCUUGAUAUCACUCCAACUUCCAGCUAUGAGCAGAAUUUGGUGAAACCAGAAAAUGAGACUGUUUUUCCUCUGGACAUCGGGAUAGUGGGAUGGGUUGCUCAUACCAAGAAGUUUUUUAAUAUACCCGAUGUGACAAAGAACAACCAUUUUUCUGACUUUAUGGACAAAAAAACUGGUUAUAAAACAGUCAAUAUGUUGACAACUGCAAUUACACAGGGUAAAGAGGUGCUUGCUGUUGUGAUGGCACUCAACAAAUUAAAUGCCCCUGAGUUCUCAAAAGAGGAUGAAGAGGUAUUUAAAAAAUACCUCAACUUUAUAUCUUUGGUGGUAAGAAAUCAGCAUACAUCAUAUCUCUACAAUAUUGAAUCACGAAGAAGCCAGAUGCUUCUGUGGUCUGCCAACAAAGUGUUUGAAGAGCUAACAGAUAUAGAACGACAGUUUCAUAAAGCACUGUAUACUAUUCGAAUGUAUUUGAAUUGUGAAAGAUACUCUGUUGGUCUGCUGGACAUGACUAAAGAGAAGGAGUUCUAUGACGAGUGGCCAAUCCGGCUGGGGGAGGCAGAGCCAUACAAAGGCCCCAAGACACCUGAUGGACGAGAAGUCAACUUUUAUAAGAUUAUUGACUAUUUGUUACAUGGACAAGAAGAAAUCAAAGUCAUUCCGUCACCUCCAGCAGAUCACUGGUGUCUUGUCAGUGGAUUGCCAACAUAUGUUGCUGAAAAUGGUCUUAUUUGUAACAUGAUGAAUGCACCAGCAGAUGAAUAUUUCACAUUUCAGAAAGGACCAGUGGAUGAAUCUGGAUGGGUUAUCAAAAAUGUCUUGUCAUUGCCCAUUGUCAACAAAAAAGAAGAAAUUGUGGGAGUUGCAACGUUUUACAAUAGGAAAGAUGGAAAACCUUUUGAUGAAUAUGAUGAACAGAUCAUUGAAACUCUCACACAGUUCCUGGGGUGGUCUGUCUUAAAUACUGACACUUAUGACAAAAUGAACAAACUUGAAAACAGGAAAGACAUUGCUCAGGAAAUGCUUAUGUACCAGACAAAGGCCACCCCUGCCGAAGUUGAAUCCAUCCUGAAAUACAAGGAGAAAUUAAAUGCAAAAAGUUUAGAGGAAUGUGAGCAAAAAGAUCUCAUCAGGAUUUUGAAAGAAGAAUUACCUGAUCCAAAAGAUUUAGAACUGUAUGAAUUCCGCUUCAGUGACUUCCCUGUUACAGAGCAUGGCCUGAUAACUUGUGGAAUACGACUGUUCUUUGAGAUAAAUGUUGUUGAAAAAUUCAAAGUCCCAGCUGAGGUCCUUACAAGAUGGAUGUACACAGUCAGGAAGGGUUAUCGGGAUAUCACUUACCAUAACUGGAGACAUGGAUUCAACGUGGGACAAACAAUGUUUACUCUGCUGAUGACAGGCAAAAUAAAGAAAUACUAUACUGACUUAGAAGCCUUUGCCAUGGUUGCUGCUGCUUUCUGCCAUGACAUUGAUCACAGAGGGACCAAUAACUUGUAUCAAAUGAAAUCAGCUGCUCCCCUGGCAAAACUUCAUGGAUCUUCCAUUUUAGAAAGGCAUCACUUAGAGUACAGUAAAACCCUGCUGCAAGAUGAGAGUUUAAACAUCUUCCAGAACCUAAAUAAGCGCCAGUAUGAAACCGUUCUGCACUUAUUUGAAGUUGCAAUAAUAGCAACUGACUUGGCUUUGUAUUUCAAGAAAAGAACUAUGUUUCAAAAGAUUGUGGAUGCAAUUGAAAAAAUGGAAACAGAAGAGCAGGCAAUUAAGUAUAUAUCUAUUGACCCAACGAAAAAAGAAGUCAUAAUGGCUAUGAUGAUGACUGGAUGUGACCUGUCUGCAAUAACCAAGCCCUGGGAAGUGCAGAGUAAGGUUGCCCUCAUGGUUGCAAACGAAUUUUGGGAGCAAGGUGACCUGGAACGAACUGUGCUACAGCAACAACCUAUUCCUAUGAUGGACAGAAACAAAGGAGAUGAACUACCUAAGCUCCAAGUUGGUUUCAUAGACUUUGUGUGUACAUUCGUGUACAAGGAAUUCUCGAGGUUUCACAAGGAAAUUACACCUAUGUUUGAUGGUCUUCAAAACAACAGGGUUGAAUGGAAAACACGAGCUGAUGAAUAUGAAGAGAAGAUGAAAGCUAUUGAGGAACAAAAGAAAAAGGAAGAAGAAGCAGCUGCCCAAAAAGGUUAAGUAACUUCUUAGGUUUUCAUUUACAUAUAUCUUUACAGCAGUCAACGUAUUCUCUCUCUCUUUCAAAUUCACACAUACAGUGCAGUUGUGCAGUAUUAAGCUUUAUACCAAUGGUAUGCAAGUUCUGAAUUAGCCAAAUUAGCUUUAUCUUUACUUGAAAGAGAAGUAACCCUUAAAGAUUAUACAAAUCCAGUACACUGGCCUCAUUUUCUGAACUGCAGAAUUAUAUAAUACAACCACCAGAAAAGUGAAGGGAAUGUAACA